ACGCAUGACCCACCGUAUAUAUACAUCUCCGCACAAGGGAAAAGGGGAAAAAUCAAAUCAUUUCCACUAAUUCAUUGCACCAAUAGCGAGAGAAGUUGCCGCACAAAGGCGGUGUCACUCUUUAUUUGUUGUGGGAGAAGGGAUUCGUUGGGUUUCCAGUUUUCUGUUGUUUCUUCUUCAGUUGCUGGUGGAUUUGGAGCUUGGCGUUCAUUUAUUUCGAUCCUCUAUUAAUACGGAUCGGGAUUUCAAUAGUUUGGGAUCUUUUGAUCAGAAUAUGAACUUUUCUGGACAAAACCAACGAAGGGAAAGUAACAAUCGACGGCCUAGAAGCAACAAUUCUUUGCGGAAUAACCGGUGUGAGUGGGUUCCGCGAGGCUCUGCCCCUGCCCCUGCCCCUGCCCCUGCCGUUGCCGCGGUAGUUCCAUCAGCUAGUGUUAAUGGUUUGAGCCAGAAUGAGAGUCAAAAUGGUGGAGAGCCGGCCACUAGGCCGGCUCGGCCUGGUACUCCAAGUUCCAAUAGGACCCAUCACGGAUCAAGAGGAAACCCAGGUCGUUAUAUUAGUCAGAGAGAGAAGGGGAAGGAGGAGAAGGGGAAGUAUAAUCAUCAGAAGAAUGCAGAGGUAUUGAAGAGCAUCAACAUUCCUCAACUUGUGCAGGAAAUCCAGGACAAACUCUUGAAGGGAUCGGUUGAAUGCAUGAUUUGUUAUGACAUGGUUAGAAGAUCUGCACCCAUUUGGUCUUGCUCCAGCUGUUAUUCAAUUUUUCACCUGACUUGUAUAAAGAAAUGGGCUAGAGCUCCCACUUCUACCGAUUUGUUGGCUGAGAAGAAUCAAGGUUGUAAUUGGCGUUGCCCUGGAUGUCAAUCUGUGCAGCUGAUGUCAGCCAAGGAGAUUCGAUAUGUCUGCUUUUGUGGGAAGAGACCGGACCCUCCUUCAGAUUUAUAUUUGACUCCACAUUCUUGUGGAGAGCCAUGUGGGAAACCAUUGGAAAGGGAACUUCCUGGUAGUGGCAUGGUUAAAGAGGAUAUGUGUCCUCAUGUUUGUGUUUUACAAUGCCAUCCAGGCCCUUGCCCCCCCUGCAAGGCCUUUGCUCCUCCACGUAGAUGCCCAUGUGGAAAGGAAGUUAUUACUACAAGAUGCUCUGAUCGGAAGUCUGUUCUGACUUGUGGGCGUAAGUGUGAUAAGCUUCUUGGUUGUGGGCGUCAUCAUUGUGAAAGGAUCUGCCAUGUGGGCCCUUGUGAUCCUUGCCAGGUUCUUCUUAAUGCUUCUUGUUUUUGCAAGAAAAAGGUUGAGGUUGUACUGUGUGGAGAUAUGAUUGUGAAGGGAGAAGUCAAGGGGGAAGAUGGUGUGUUCUCAUGCAGUUUGACUUGUGAGAAGAAACUUAACUGUGGUAAUCAUGUUUGUCAUGAAACUUGCCAUCCAGGCCCAUGUGGAGAGUGUGAGUUGUUGCCAAGCAAGAUCAAGACAUGCUGCUGUGGUAAGACAAGCUUAAAUGAGGAUAGACGGAGUUGUUUGGAUCCUAUCCCAACUUGUUCGCAGAUCUGUGGCAAGAUCCUCCCAUGUGGGUUGCAUCGCUGUCAAGAUACAUGCCAUUCUGGGGUUUGUCCGCCAUGCCAUGUGCUUGUCAACCAAAAGUGUCGUUGUGGAUCAACAUCUCGGACUGCAGAGUGCUAUAAAACUGUUACAGAGAAUGAGAAAUUUACUUGCGACAAACCUUGUGGCCGGAAGAAAAGCUGCGGAAGGCACAGGUGCAGUGAGCGGUGCUGCCCUCUCUCUAAUUCCUCAACUGCUUCCCUGGUUGAUUGGGAUCCACAUCUCUGCUCAAUGCCAUGUGAGAAGAAGCUAAGGUGUGGACAGCAUUCCUGUAUAUCACUCUGUCACAGUGGUCAUUGUCCUCCAUGCCUGGAGACAAUUUUUACUGAUUUGACUUGUGCUUGCGGUAGAACUUCCAUUCCUCCUCCGCUGCCCUGUGGUACACCUCCACCUUCAUGUCAGUAUCCUUGCUCGGUAAGUCAGCCAUGCGGUCAUCUGUCUUCACAUAGCUGUCAUUUUGGAGAUUGUCCACCAUGCUCAGUUCCUGUUGCGAAAGAGUGCGUCGGUGGACAUGUAGUCCUCCGGAACAUACCUUGUGGAUCGAAGGAUAUUAGAUGUAAUAAAUUAUGUGGAAAGACAAGGCAGUGUGGUCUACAUGCAUGCUCUAGAACUUGUCAUCCACCACCAUGUGAUUCUUCUGCUACAUCAAGUACCAGUGCGAAGGCAUCUUGCAGGCAGACAUGUGGUGCUCCAAGAAGAGAUUGCAGGCAUACGUGUACUGCCCUUUGUCACCCUUCCACGUCAUGCCCCGAUGUAAGAUGUGAGUUCCCUGUCACGAUCACUUGUUCUUGUGGCCGAGUAACUGCAACUGUUCCUUGUGAUGCUGGGGGUAGCAGUGGUGGAUAUACUGUUGAUACCGUUCUUGAAGCUUCUAUAACCCAAAAGUUACCAGUAUCUCUACAACCUGCUGAAGGAAACGGCCAGAGAGUUCCGCUUGGUCAGAGAAAGCUCAUGUGUGAUGAUGAAUGUGCAAAAAUGGAGCGGAAGAAAGUUCUUGCUGAUGCUUUUGGCAUUAAUCCCCCAAACUUGGAUGCACUUCACUUUGGUGAGAAUGCAUCAGUGUCUGAAGUGCUUUCAGAUCUUCUCAGGCGUGACCCAAAGUGGGUGUUGUCUGUGGAAGAGAGAUGCAAAUAUCUGGUCCUUGGCAGGGGCAGAGGGGGGAUAAAUGCACUUAAAGUUCAUGUAUUCUGUGCAAUGGCAAAAGACAAGAGAGAUGCAGUGCGGCUGAUAGCAGAAAGGUGGAAGCUUUCUGUGAAUGCAGCUGGCUGGGAGCCGAAGAGAUUCGUUGUUGUUCAUGUUACUCCCAAGUCCAAAGCCCCAGCUCGUAUGCUUGGUGUUAAAUCUUGCAAUCCUGGUAACAUGUUACAGCCACCAGUAUUUGAUCCCCUGGUGGACAUGGAUCCCCGUCUUGUUGUUGCUUUAUUUGAUUUACCUAGGGAUGCAGAUGUUAGUGCAUUGGUUCUGAGGUUUGGUGGGGAAUGUGAAUUAGUCUGGUUGAAUGACAAGAAUGCAUUAGCUGUCUUCAGUGAUCCAGCACGAGCCGCAACUGCUAUGAGGAGAUUGGAUCAGGGGUCUGUGUAUUAUGGUGCUGUCUCCGUUCCUCAAAAUGGUGGUGCUUCGGCUAUGGCUUCAGGUGCUGGUGCAUGGGGAUCUGCUGCAGUGUCAAAAGACGUAGCUACAGCAGCGGCACUCAAGGGUAACCCUUGGAAGAAGGUGGUACUUCAGGACUCUGGUUGGAAUGAGAGUUCGUGGGGUGCUGAGGAAUGGUCACCUAAUGCUGCUGAUACCAAGUCACGUGCUAGGACAGAAGAGGAAGAUCCAAUUGCAGCAUCAAGAAACAGGUGGAGCGUGCUGCAACCAGGAGGCACCUCCGGAUCAUCUGAUGUUUCUGUUAAAAUCGAGAAUCUUCAGAAACAGCCAGAAAAUCCUUCAACGUCGGGUUCCAAGGUAGAUGAAUCCAAUCUGAAUUUGCCAGUGCAGAGGGAAGGUGUGGAGGACGACGUGUCUGGUGAUGUAGUGGAUGAUUGGGAGAAUGCCUAUGAUUAGGAAGUCAUAAAAAGUCUAUCUCAAGGCGCUGAUGCAGGAGCGGACAUGCAUUUUAGUUGCUCCUCUGGUGCACAUUUUUUCCCCCUUAAAUCCUUACGGUUGAUUACGUUCUCUUUAGUUUCCUUUUACCCCCCCUUCUUCCUGCAGGAAGUUUUGCCUAUAUUCUCUGGAAAAUACGAGUAAAAGUAAAUGUAAAAUUAGUUUCCUAUAUUCCAUCUUCUACUUGAUAACAAGACCAUGCUUUUCCAUUUCUCUGGAAAAUACUUUGUUACUGCAAUAUAAAAUUCAAAUCUUCUUGGUU